AUGGAAGCUUCCACGUCUCAAGCAUCGACCAAACGCCGCAUCCCCGGCCUUCCCAAUCCGGUGAUUGCGGCGACACAGCAGAAAUGGCUCUUCACAGAUGAAGAGCUCGAACGGACACCAUCGCGGAUCGACAAGAUUGACCGUGAGAAGGAGGAUUACAUCCGGCAUCGUGCCGUGGAGUUCAUAUGGCAGGUUAGCCUGAUGCUCAAGAUGCCGCCACAAACAUCAAUGACUGCGACGGUGCUCAUGCAUCGCUUUCUCAUGCGCUACUCCUUGCGGGGACAAUAUCCAGAGGUUGGCGCGGAUCUUAUGCACCCCAAGGUCAUCGCAGCCGUGGCGCUGUUCGUGGCGUUCAAAGUGGACGAGACCAUGCGCCGCAUGAAGGAUUUUGUGGUGGCCUGCUGCCGUGUCGCCAUGAAGCAACCGGAGCUAGUUGUGGACGAACAGUCCAAGGAUUACUGGAAAUGGCGUGAUUUAAUCCUUCAGAAUGAGAGUGUGAUGCUUGAAUUCCUGUGUUUCGACCUCCAGCUCGAAUCACCUUAUCGCAUCCUUUGGGACUAUUCCCUCUUCCUCGGUUUGGGCGACAACCGACCCCUCCGUCACGCCGCAUACGCCUUUCUGAACGACUCUACGUACACCGUUCUCUGCCUGCAGUUCCAGCCCCGUGUCAUUGCGGCGGCCGCCUUGUAUGCCGCGGCUCGUCACUGCAAAGUUGCUUUCCCAGAUGACGCAGAGGGACGUCCAUGGUGGCGACAAUUAGAUGUCAAUGUGGACGAGCUCAUUCGCGCCUGCAAAUUGAUCGUCAAGAUUUACGAACGCGUGCAGCAAAACCUGAGCAAGGGUUAUCCGGACUUUACAUUCUCGGACGCGGAUGCUAAUGACCCUACCCGUCUUUUCAACAAUAACCCCAUUGCCGAUCCUGUCCUCACUCCCAGGCUCGAUACGACUGGCGAUCCAUCAAAUGCGAUAAAUGGUCGCAAGCGUUCCAGAGAGCCCGAGUCUCACUCCGACGAACACAGCCAACCUACUCCACAAGUGCAAGACCCUUCUUCCUUGAACGGAGAUCGCUCGACGAAACGUCAGCGCACCGUUUCUCCACACUCUGCCGCAGCCACAGCCUCAGCUGCAUCUCCCUCAGUUACAACGCGUCCACGAAUUCCUGUUCGAGCUGUAGAAAUUCUGCACCAAAACAAGGCCAACGACCAAACACAAAUGGACAAUUCGGACCAGAACCCCGCCCCUCCACCUUCGUUCUCCCACAAUCCUCCGCAAUCUCGACCUGACGAGACCAGCGCUGAAGAAGGCGAAGUCUCAGACGACAAAACCGCCGAUACUUCUACAGUCGCACGUCCAAGUAUCUCUAAAGCUGAUGUUAAGACGCCAACGGAGGUCAACGGUGUCAAUAGCGGCGAAGGAGAGGGAAGCGAGGAGGGUGAGAUCUAA